UGUUUUUCUGUUGUGUGUGUGGGGGAAUAAACCGCAAGUGAGGCGGACGCAGACCCGUCCUGUCACGCCAGCCCAGUCCCUUCGCCCGUCGGGCCAGCCGAACCUGCCAGCCCUCACGCCGGUCAACCUGCCUCACCGUCCGAACCUGCCUCUCCGACUGGACCUGCUUCUCCGUCAGGAGAGCAGCCAGCCAUCCUGGGCUACCAGCACCGGGUGACCAUCGACCCAGGGGUGGCGCCAGUGCGCCAGCCCCUGCGGAGGCUGCCCUUGGCAGUGCUGGACGAGGUGAGUGCCAGGCUCAAGGAGCUGGAGGAGCAAGGGAUAAUUGAAAAGGUCAGUGCAUCUACCUGGGUCUCUCCUCUUGUGGUGGGAAGGAAGCGGGAUAGGUCCAUCCGCCUGUGUGUAGACAUGAGGCGGGUCAACAAAGCUGUGAUUACGGAUGGCUACCCGCUCCCCAGGAUCGAAGAUGUCCUUGACCGCCUGAGUGGAUCUCAGGUCUUUUCCAGGCUGGACUUAAAGGAUGCAUAUCACCAGCUGGAGCUCCAUCCUGACAGCAGAGACCUAACGACUUUUAUAAGUCAUCAGGGACUCUACCGGUUCCGGCGCGUCAACUUCGGCCUCGCGAGCGCCGGGCCGUGCUUCCAGAGAGUGAUGGCGUCCAUGCUGGAGGGGGUGCCAGGCGUGGAGGUAUACCUGGACGACAUCCUGGUCCACGCGCCGUCCCAGGCCGAGCACGACGCCCGUCUGAGGGAAGUGCUGCGGCGUUUCGAUGCCCACAAGGUGCGGGUCAACUGGCCCAAGAGCGUGACGAAUCAGAGCGAGCUCUCCUUUCUGGGAUAUCUGGUCUCGUCAGCUGGUGUCCGCAUCGACCGGGAGCGGAUCAGGCCGUUGUUGGAGGCGGCCGAGCCGCGGGACGAAAAGAGCCUGCGCGCAUUCCUCGGUGCCGUAGGGUAUCAUGCGCGGUUUCUGCCACGGUUCUCGGACGCAGUAGAGCCGCUGAGGGCCGCGCUCCGGGCGGACCAGUUCGAGUGGACGGCGGCGCUGUCCAGCGCGGUCCGCCGCGUCAAGGACGCGAUAAGCGAAGCACCAGCACUGUGCAUGUUCAGCACGGAGCUACGAACGGUGCUCUCCACUGACGCCAGUGACGUCGGCUGCGGUGCGUGCGUGACGCAAAUGGACGCCUCGGGUCAGCCCAGGGUCAUUGCGUACGCCUCGAAGUCUUUCUCGGCGGCCGAACGCAACUACUCGGUAGUGAGGAAGGAGGCGCUGGCAUGUGUAUGGGCCGUCGAGAAGUUUCGCCACUACCUGUGGGGUCGGCGAUUCACCCUCCGAACCGAUCACCAGGCUCUCUGCACCAUUUUCGGUGUCAAGGGCUCCAACCGCGUCGGCCGGCGAGUCGCGAGGUGGGAGGCCCGGCUGCUGGAGUUUGCGUUCGACGUCGAGUACGUCAGGUCGGAGCGGAACGGAGUGGCGGACGGCCUGUCCCGUCUGCCGGUCGCCGAGACCUGGUGGCCUGAUGAUGAUUCUAUCCAGAUCGCGGCUCUGUCGUUAGCGGCAGCAGUCACGGAGGAGGAGCUGCGGGACGCCUCGGCGUCAGACGAGUGUCUGGACGUGAUCCGGGGGUACCUCGCCGGACGGUGGCCUCGCCAGAGGGAUGUCGAUCCUCGGGCGACUGGUUUUUACCAGGUGAGAGACGAACUGUCCCAGCUCGGACCGCUGCUUUUCCGCGGCGAGCGACUGGUUGUGCCGGCGGCGCUGCGUGAGCGCGUCCUGAGGAACGCCCACGAGGGUCACCAAGGUGAGACAAGGACCAAGCAGCGCCUGCGCGCGCAGUUCUGGUGGCCGCGGCUGGACAAGGAGGUACGUGACCUCCUGCGGAGCUGUGAGGUGUGCACGCAGCAUGACGGCCACGUGCGGCAGGAGCGGCCCCCUCUCCAGCCGAUUCCUCUUCCGGACGGUCCGUGGCAGCGCCUCAUGAUCGAUGUGAUUGGGCCCAUGCAUGGGCCCCAGCACGAGCGGUACGGCAUCGUCUUGUGCGACAUGUUCAGCAGGUGGCCAGAGGUGGCGCUGUGUCGGGACGCGACGGCGGCGUCUAUAAUCAGCUUCCUGGAGGCGGUGUUCAGCCGCGAGGGGUUGCCGUUGGAGCUGGUCUCCGACAACGGUCCAGCGUUCCGGUCUGCCCAACUCCGUGAUUUUUUGACCCGACUGGGGGUCAAGCAGACUUUCAGCUCACCAUACUCUCCGCAGUCCUGUGGCAUGGUGGAGCGUCUGAAUCGGACGGUAAAGGACGCCAUCCAGUCGGCACGGCUGGCCCGGGAGCCGCGCUCGGAGUACUUGAGGCGGUUCCUCACUGAGUACCGGGCUACCCCGCACGCAGGUACGGGAGUGACGCCGUUCCGGCUGAUGAGGGGGCGGGAGGCACGGACGUUGCUGGACGUCGUGCCAGGUGAGGUUUCCUCGCCGGACACCGGCAGUGAGCUUCGUGCGCGACACGAAAAGUAUCAGGCGGCCUACAAAGCCAGAUAUGACCGGGGGUCGACUGGCGCCCCGCGCUGGCGCGUCGGCGACUGGGUUCGGGUCCGACAGCCGGUGAGUGGGCGUGUGGAGGGCCAGAGGGCCGUGCAGAUCAGCCGGAGGACUGGCCCGUUAACGCUCAGCUGA